UUCCAAGGUCGACUACUGCUGCCCGGACUCUGGUCAUCAUGGUCCGUCUUCAGCUGUCAAUCAAGGCUGAUUUAGAGAAUGUCACAGAUCUUGUGCCAGCUUCAGACUCGUUUGAGUACUUCUUCCAGGUCAAAUGUAACAGCUGUCAUGAGAUCCACCCGAAGUUUGUUUCUAUGAACCGACUCGAAGAAAGAGAAAUGUCUGGUGGGAAAAACAAUACCGCGCACUUUGUUUGGAGGUGUGGUAAUUGCAAGCGAGAGAGUUCUGCAAAGUUUGAUACCUCGCCGGUCCGACCAUACUCGUCUGCAGCCAAUGGCCAAUUCGCACCUUUGCUGGUUAUAGAGUGCCGUGGUCUAGAAUUCACUGGCUUCGACCCACAGGGUACAUGGAGAUGUGUAGGAGAAGAAUCGGGGACACCAUUUGAAGUUUCACUCGAGGAGGAGGCGGAAUGGAUGGACUACGAUGAGAAGGCAAAACUUCCUGCUGGCGUUUCAAACAUUGAAAGCGAGUGGUCGAGAGCAUAAUCAGACUUAAGCCGUGAAAGCACCAGAACGAGAGCCUAGCGAAAAAAAAUAGCCAUAUAUACAUAAUGCGGUGUGUAUCAACACGAUUCCAAGAUUUUGCCCG